GAAUGAGUGAUUACACGAAGUGUUUCUACUGUGACGGCGGUCUGUCUAAUUGGGAGCCGGGAGACGAGCCGUGGACAGAACACGCCAAAUGGUUCCCCGACUGUCGCUUCGUUGUGCUCAACAAAUCGCAGGCAUUUGUCGAUGAAUGCAAACAAAUGCAAGUCAACGAAAGGCACACCAAUUCCCUCAAUGAGAACGAAUCCGAUCCCGAAAUAUACAGCGAUUACGACUCCGACGAAGAAUCGGUGAACGCGUUGGGCAUCCGUGCCGUCAAUGAAUGGAUGAAUACAGAUAUUGUGCUCCAAAUAAUGGACAUCAAUGUGGGAACCGUUGAUCAGGUGAAGGCUGUGCUCAACAAAAGAUGGCACGAAGUGAGACAACCGUAUACUUCGUUCGCUCAGCUCUACGAUGCGGUCACUUCCCAACGCAGGAGUGAUUCAAAUGUACAAAAUUUGAUAAACCGAAACCAAAGCGUAGAGGAGACCCACAAUUCGGAUGAUCUCUACAGCAGUUCCAGUGAUGACGACUAUCAUUCUGGUGGAGAAGAGCUGCCGAACUCUCAGUCGUCGCUGUCGUCGACCGCAUCGUCACUAUCCAACUAUUCUUCGUCACCCGAAGUGUCGCCAAUUGAUUGUGAAUCGAGUCGUGUGGAAGACAAUCGUUUAUUGUGUAAAAUAUGUUUAGACCGCGAGAUAGGAGUGGUGUUCCUCCCGUGCGGCCAUCAGUUGGCGUGCACUCAAUGCGCCCCCUGUGUGGCCGACUGUCCCAUAUGUCGCAAAGUUAUUCGCGGGACAGUUAGGACUUUCUUCUCAUGAAUACUAUUCACAUAUUCAUUAUAUUGAGCACUCAUUACACAUGUCUAUAGAGUCCUAAUUUUGUUUAAAUUUCAACUUCUUUUGUAAUUUUAAACCAAACAAUUAAUCCAAAACUUCUUUCAAAAAUUGUAUUUCUUUUCAAUUAAACGUUUCUAAUAUUGUUUUUUACUAAACUUUUUUUAAUUUGAGAAUAACGCCGGGAAUAGCGCUUUCAUUAGUGACACAAUUUGAUUUAAGAU